UUUUCACCUUGACAGUGAAAUAGCUUUGAUGUAGAAAGAAGCUAAUAAGGUCUAGCAAAGUGUGUCGUGUAAUUAGAUGCUGUCGUAUGGCUCACGAUUUAGUGCGAGCUAGAAAACUCUAUGACAGAAACUUUUUCUCUAUGGGACCGUUUUGUUUCUGAUGAAAUUGAAACAUAAAUGCAUCCAAAGGGCCAGCGAUUGAGAUGCAGUGAGCUCUAAAUCUCGGAAGAUGCUUCCAGCUCCCUCGGCGCCGCGGAUCCCGCAGGGGAAAUGCCUGACCGUGGGUGGCAGGGCCGAAGGAGGGGUGCUCCAGUAUACCCAGCUCUUGAAUCCCAGGAACAGCAUGUCCAUCACCAAUACAAAAGGACUGCUCAACAUGCCUGGCCAGAACAACUGCUUCCUCAACAGCGCUGUACAGGUAUUGUGGCACUUAGAUAUUUUCAGAAGAAGCUUCAGAGAAUUAUGCGGACAUGCCUGUAUGGAAGAUUCUUGCAUAUUUUGUGCCUUAAAGGAACUAUUUGCUCAGUUUCAGUAUAGUCAAGAAUCCGCAUUACCUCCUGACGCAUUACGGCGGGCCCUAGCUGAAACUUUUUGUGAUCAGAGACGAUUCCAGCUAGGCUUUAUGGAUGAUGCUGCUGAGUGCUUCGAAAACAUUUUAAUGAGAAUCCAUUUUCACAUUGCCAAUUCUGAAUCUGAAGAUAUGUGCAGUGCUCUUCACUGUAUACCCCAUCAAAAAUUUGCCAUGACACUUGUCGAACAAACUGUAUGCCAUGCCUGUGGUGCCACAUCCGAGCCUUUACCAUUUACUCAGAUGGUGCAUUAUGUUCCUUCUUCAGCUCUUUGCUCUCAAGCAAAGUUGAUGAAAGAUAAAACUGAUCAAAUUCCAAGCUUUAGUGAGUUGCUGAAAAGAGCUGGUGGAUUGGGAGAUUUCAGAGAUUGUCCGAGUUCAUGUGGUGCUGUGAUACAGAUUAGAAAGACAUUAAUGAACCAUCCAGAAAUAGUCAGUAUAGGACUUGUUUGGGAUUCUGAAAGGCCAACAAUAGAUCAUAUAAUGGAUGUAUUUAAAACUAUUGGAAUGUCUCUAAAGCUCCAAGAUGUGUUUCAUUCUGUUGUUGAUAGUCGUUGGGCAUCAACUGCUACUCAUCAACUAGUUGGCAUUGUUACUUACUAUGGGAAGCAUUAUUCAACAUUUUUCUUUCACACCAAACUGAGAGUCUGGAUCUAUUUUGAUGAUGCUGCUGUGAGAGAGAUUGGACCAAAAUGGGAGCAAGUUGUAGAAAAAUGUUGUCGUGGCCAUUUUCAACCCCUCCUUUUACUUUAUGCUAAUCCGCUUGGUACACCUGUAGAUACCUCAACUGCUCCAAGGAUAAUUAAAGUAGUUCCUACUCACAAGAAGACUAUCAGUGGUAAAGAGUCGGAUGAUUUAAACUUAUCACAUGAAAAAUCCAGCAGAUUUUUUCAACCUGGAAAUCAAAGAAGAGCUUUGACCCCUAAUCCUGAAAUGUCUUGUGAUUUAAGUGCUAAUUUACAACCAAGAAGAGCAGUUACGCCUAGUGGCGAAUUAUCUUGGUGUGAAAAUAGUAGAAAAGAACAAAAUUUAGAGUUGAAGGAGAACAAUCCAUUAAACACUAGAGAUAUUCAAGAUACUUCUUACCCUACUUACUGCAGCAAUAAUCAUUCUGAAUCGACUCAUUCUAAAACUAAUGCUUCCAAUGUGGAGAAUCCUAACUCAGUUAAGUCUAACCUCCCAAUCCGUAUCUCUGUUCCAAGUAGUGCCUUUUAUUCAGAUUUUUGUCAGGCAAAGUCAAAUAAAAAUGUAGCAAAUAAUUCACUAAAUAGGCCAGCAUCAGUUGAUGACAUUCUACAAUCAACAACAAAUCAAAGUACAAAAGCUGCUGAUACAAUUAAAAUUGAUAGUAAUUCAUCUGAAAAUAGUUUUGCCACAGACACUUCAAAAGUAGAAGAAGUUUGUACAGACAAUACUUAUAUUAGCCGGAAAGCUGUGGAAAACGUUUUGCAAUUGCAAAAAUUACAACGACAGAGAUCAAUGAAUUCCAAAAGCGGUCACAUUUUUGUUGGCCAGAGAAAUAGUAGUAGCAGUUUAGAAUCACUAGAUAAUGUUUUUCGAGAGAAAAAUUACGUUGGUGCGUUGAAUGUGAAAGAUAUUCCUGAUGCAAUGAACAUGGCUCGAAGACGAGAUUCCGGAAAUUGGAGUGGUGACCGUAACAGUGCUAGUUCAUCUAGUACUACAUCUUUGGACAAUCCAUAUUUCUAUGUUAUUGGAAACAAAAGACUUCCAAGCUGUCCAAGAAAUGCUGGUAGAAAUGGAGAAAUUCCUUUAACAGAUCCAGGUUAUGAUUCUUUCUCACUUUCAAGUUCUGACAGUUAUCCAUCCAUAAUUAAUAGUUCUCCAGGAAAAAUAGAUUCCAGACUCGGCCAAAUUCCAGAAAAUGUUCAAACAGCUUUUGUGCCAUAUGAUCUGUCCAAGCUGCAAUAUUGUUUGAAAGAGUUGAAAAAUAAUGAACACUUUCCUUUUGGGUUCAAAGAUGAGUGCGAUAAAUUGUGUGCUGAAGCUGACAUAUUUUAUGCUAAAUCUGUUGAAAGGGAAAAUGUUGGUGAUAUUUCUAUGGCUGCUCUGCUUAGUGACACUGCCGCUGCUAAAGCUAGAGCUGCAAUGGAUGUACCAUACACUAAUAGUCAGGCAUUAGCUAUGGCUAAAAUGAAGCAUGGCAUGUGUCUCAUUAGAUCUUCAAAUUUACAUAAAAAGCUAAAGGAAGCUGAGGUUGCCUUGAGGAGGAAGCAAAAAGAAGCAUUAUUUGAAAUUAGUAGAAAUACGCACACUAAAGCUAGCAAUAAAACUGCUACUGAUUCCCAAAACAAAUGCAAUUCUGAUAGUGCUAAUUGUGAAAAGAAUUCUAAAGAUCAAAAGCAAAAUAGUUCUAAUCAAGAGAACAAUCAUUCUUCCUCAGACAAAAACAUUGAAAUUUAUGCUACACUUCCAAAAAGAAGUUUAAAGAAAAAAGGAGCAUUAUCUUCCUUUGUAGAAUCUUUAACAGGUGAUGAAAGCUCUGAUGAAAGAUCCAUGAAAGAAAAGAAAAAUAAAAGUGAGGAAAAUAUUUGUGAUAUUAGUUCCCAAAAGGUUAGCCCAAGUAGUGGAACUUCAAAUAAAGAGGACAAAUUGUCCAAAUCUCCUUGCAAUAAAAAGAAAUCUGUCCCAUCUCAUAAAAAUGUUGGUAAAGAAUCAGAUUUAAGUGACUAUUCUAGCGAGUGGGAGCAAACAAAGAAACAAUCUUUGUAUCGGACGUACUCAGGACCUACCUCUAAUUCCAAAAGUGAGUUAUCUGAUCUAAAUUUGAAUAACAAUCAAAGUUUUGUGGAUCAACCUUCUAAAAAGCAGCAUAAAAUUCGAAGAAAACUUAUGGGAGGAUUUAUGAGAAGAAAAAAUCGCAGUUUGCCUGAUCUUCGGGAAGGUCAAGAUUCUGGAGGAGAGAUGGCGCGAUCGUUUGAUGAUUGCUUUUUUGCUCAAACACCUGUUCCUUGUCGUAAAAAACAAGACGGCAGAAACUCGUCUUUUUCUGACAUUGAAAAUGGAAUGAAUUCACAGUUAGAAAAGGAAAAUUCCUCGCCCGUCCACAAAUUGCUGGACAAUCCAAGAACUUCAAAGAAAUCCUUUAUUAGAACUCAUACACCUCCACCAUACAAGCCUCCUCCACCAAUAACCCAUUCAAACCAAUGUAACAUCUCACCAAAGAAGAUUACUCAGAGUUCUGAUGCAUCUUCAAAAUUUGAACUACCUCAUUCCAUAUAUGUUACAAAAUGCAAUACCAUUAGUCCACAUAAAAGCAAUAAUGUGCAAAAAGCUGGUCAUCACUUACCUUUAAGUAGAGAUCCCAAGGAUCACAGAACUAUAAACUCUCAAUAUGUUUUGCAUAAUCAUGAGGAUGUACAUCCUGCCAGUGCUGUUUGGCUGAAAGAAUUACAACUAAAACAAGUUGAAAUAAAUCAAAAACGAAAAUUACAAGAAGAAAGAGAAAGGUGGUUGUCUGAAUGCAAGUCUGGAGCUGAUGAAAAAUUAAUUUGCUCAAAAAAGAAUUCAGAGAGUCCCAAAGAUGACUUUUCCAAGAAUCAUACUAUAUGUAUGGUAAACACAGAUAAUACUGUUCAAAGUGAGUCCAAAUAUUGCAAUAAUCAGAACUCUAGUCUUAAUGGUGAACAAAAAUCUGUUCGUGAUUUAGCAUCAAGAUUUGAAAAAGGUACUGUGCCAGUAACUUCUGAAGUGUCAUCAGAUGAAAAGGAUAAAAUAUCAACUUCCACAACACCUGUUGGUACAUUUACAGUAAAUACAAUUGCAAGUGAGAAUGGAACACACAUUCAGUCAGUUCCAAAUGUACAGUAUCUACCACAAAAUAUUGAAACAGACCAUUCAAAAUUGCAUAUUGUGCCCGAUCAACAUUCUAUGCUCGUGACUCAAAAACAGUUAAGGAAACCAAUUGAUUCGCCUAUGCACAGCUCAGGGAAAGGCAAACAGAAUGGUGGACAUAACACCAUCAAACAGCCAUACACAAGCCAAUCAACAUCAGGAUGUGUUUAUAACCCGCAUCUUACUGAUGCACAGUUAACUAAUGUGUUAAGAAUAGGAACUAAUAGGUCAUCGUUUCGAAAUACAAAUACGAACUUUGAAGCACAAGAUGAUAAUUUUUCACAGUAUUCACGGGAUGCUAUUGUUCUUCCCGAAGCAAAACGACCAGAUAAACCACCCGAUUAUGAAACGGCUAUACAGAGACUAGAAUUGCUACGGAAUGAUAGGAACUUUUCACGGUAUUAUCCGAAUAACUGUAUAUCUUUUGAAGCUCUUCUAGAGCAAGCAAAGAGGAGGCGAGGUCCAAAAAAGAGUGUUACAUUUUCAGACAAGGUUGUUCUUGUAGCAUGUGCGGGGGACGAAGACAAUGACUUCAUUCCAAAUCCCUUGUUAGAAAGGGUUUAUAAGCAGCAUUUAAUGAAGCCAAAUGUAGAUAACAAGCAGUUUUCAGAAAAUGAUAGUAAGAAAAACUUUUGUAAUGAAUCUAAUUCUGAAUCACCUGUAUCUCAAGAUAGCAGCCAUUCUGAAGUUUCAAAAUCAACCAAUCAAUCUCCAUGCCAUUUGUGCCAUAAAAAAAUGGUAGUGUCUCCAAAUUUAUAUUGUCCAGAUUGUUCUUAUUAUAUGUCAAGGUUUCAACAGAAGUAGAGUAUUAAUACCUUUGAUAUUUGCUGUAAAUAUUUUCAUAAAUGUUCUUGUGAUAAUUGAAAUGAUAUAUUUUAUUUUGAAAUAGCAAGCGAGAGGAAAAAAUAUGCGUGAUUUAUUAAUUUGCCAAAAUAUGUGUUUUGAUGACAAGAAAAAACUUGAAGCACAAGAAAUGUAACAUAAUUUCGUGCAAUAUGUAUAUUUGUAAAAUUUGAUUUCUUCAGUUGCAAAUAUGUAUAGCUCUUUAUAAAAGUUAAAAAGUUAUUUUAGUUUUACAGCAUUUAGGCAAAUUCAUUGUUUCCCCUUAUAUUUAUCUAUUUAUCAUUUUAGAUAGCUAGAUUGAUAUAAAUCACCAAUAGCAGAAGUUAGGGAGGUGGAACCUGCCCUGAAUAUUUUUUUCACAUGAACUGCAAAUGGUUUUCAAAAUUAAAUUUUCAACCAGAUCAAAGUAGCUAAAGUAGCAUCUGAAAUGACAUCUUUAUCUGCUGUGCUACACAUAGUUUCAAAAGUUGCAAUAAAAAGGAAGGGCAAAACUUUUUUGGGGCUACAUCGGAAUUUUGAAUUUUAAUUCACGAAUCGUGGAAUUCCAUCACUUAGAAAAGCUUUUAAAUUGCUUGUCACAAUUCGAACAUCCAAAGUAGUCAUUCAGAAAUACUUAACCUAAUACAAUUGAUAAUACAGCAUAAAUAAAAGCAGAACUAUUUUUUAAUGUUUCCUUUUUUGGAAAAGUACUGAGAGAAUUUUUUUCUACUUAAUUUUUGGAAUAGAAAUAGGGAGAGAGAGAGAGAGGAAACAAAAUUUUAAUAGGAGUGGGGAGCAAAAGUUAGUUUUCUUACUUAACUCUGUAUACUCCCAAUUCUAUGCUUGUGUAGCAUUCUUCAAGAUUUUAAGAUCUAUAUCAGUUUUACCUCGACAAUAGUGGUGGCAACUUAAGCAACUGUCCUGGACAUGACAAUAUAGUAACAUGGUAGUUGUAAGUUCUGCUGAUGAUUUUAAUUGUUUUACGUGUUUUUCUGCGCUAUAUUUGGCUCCUAACACAGUCUGUUGGCAACUAUGUCUAGGCCUGUGUAGAUUUUAAAAAAAGUUUCCCCCUUGAACCUGAUUCUAAACAGAUUUUUGAUUAAUAUUAAUGAUUCCUUACAUUUUAUUAUUAUUACUUACUUGACUUCAUUAUUGUCUAGAGUUUUUUUUAAUUGUAUUUAUGAGAUCCUACUGAAAUUUCUGCUUCUGGAUACACCAUGUUCAUGUUUUCAUUUCAUCAUUUAUAAAUUUUGAAUAUUUAUUGUUAUAAUUACUAUUAUUUUUUAAACAUUUCAUUCUAUAUCGCUUAUGUUAUGUUUAUGUUUAUAUUGUUGAAAUAUAAUUUUAACGUUGUUCAUUCCAAUAUAUUUUUCUCUCAUAUGGGGAAAAAAAGUAUACAUACAUAUGUACAGUAACCUCUCAAUUCAGUGCAAACUUAGAAUACUGAUGAGAUCGUAAGAUAAAGACAUGAGCGAGAGAAGGGCAUGCGUGAAAAACUGAUAUGAAUUCCAAAAUACACAUGCUGCUAAAUCAGUUCAGCUGAAAAGUAUGAAUUAGUUGGUUAGUUUCAAACAACAAAAAUGAAAGAAAUUAAAUGUUUAAUUUCCCCUUUUUCAAAACAAUAUAGGAUUGAGUUUUUGUUUUAAUCCACAAAAUUUAAGUAUUUUCAAACUGAUGGCAAACUCUGCCUCAUACCCUGAAUUGAACCAGGGGCGGACUGGCCCACGGGCCGAUGUGGCCUCCCGCCUAUGUGCCUUUUUUUUUUUCGCACUUUUCUUUUUCCCAAGGUUGGCGCCCACUCAAGGGACCCAGUCUGCCCUUGAAUUGAACUGUUUGAAAUGCACUCAAUGAUCUUUGCCUACAGUACGUCUUUAUGACAGUCAUGAUAUCUUUCAUUUCCUAAAUUUCCUGACAAUUUUACGUUGAUGCACUUUAGUCCAAGAAUUUGCACUUUAGUCCAAGAAUUUUAAUCUUUGGCUUUUAAUUGUUAUAUAUUUUUAUACCUAAGGAACCCUAUGGGGUGUGACACAAAAAGUCACACCCACAACAUGUAUGAAUUGUUAUCUUUUAAAUACUUUUUUUUAAUUAAAAAAGAAGAGAAAGAAAGGUCACUGUAUAUUUCUGUGUGUAUAUGUUGUAUAAAAAGCUGUAAAAUGUCCUGAAAUGUACUUAAAAUUUCUGUGAUAAAAACUGUAAACGUUUUCAAAACAUAUUAUUUUAUUUUUAAUAUGUACAUAACAUUUUAAAAAAUGAAUAAUUUUUGUUAAUAAUAGAAGGUUUACUAUUUUUCAUUUAUGUAUUUUUUUUUUCCUUGAGGAAAAGAGUCUUAAUGCACCAGAAUUUACUUUGUCCUUCUGAGCAUAGCAUUAAAAUUAUUGUAUAAAUGUUUUUUUCCUCCAGGUAUAAAAGCUUUAAUAAGUAAAGAUAUUUAAGAAGAGAUAAGGAGGGAAAAAAAAUCAGACCUAAGUUUCAAGAUUUCUUAGAAUUUUAUCAUUGUUCAUUUUUAUGAUCCCACUGUUUUAUUCAGGGCAGAUAUUAUCAUUCAUGAAUAUUGUGCCAAAGUGUAGAAAUGUUGUGUACUUAAAAUUAUAAAAAUCUGAUAUUCAGAUUAAUACAGUAUUUUUGACCACCGAUUAUGUUUUAAAUCAAUAUUUUUAUGUACAUAGGAGCAAAAUAAGACAAGUUUUUAGCAUUUAGUGUAAAAAUGGAGUUUUAAUAAAAAA